AUGACGAAAACCGAGGAAGAGCAGGCCGCCGCCGGCCAGGUGGAGACGGUUACCGUUCCGCGACUCAACCCGCCAAGCAUGGCUGACUCGAACAUCGAAUCGUACUUCAUGUCGCUAGAUUUCUGGUUCGCGGCAUCCGGAAUUACGGCUCAACAUGAUAACCGGAAGUUCAACAUUGUCAUGGCACAGGUCCCCCCGAACAAGCUGACCGAAUUGCGUGGUAUCCUCGAAGCGGUGCCGGAGGUGGGCAAGUACACCUACAUCAAGGCGAAGCUGAUCGAGUACUUCGCCGACAGCCAACAGCGACGCUUACAACGUGUGCUCUCCGACAUGCCGUUGGGAGAUAUGAAGCCCAGUCUUCUGUUCAAUGAGAUGAAGCGGGUUGCCGGAACCUCGCUGAGUGAUGCUGUCCUGCUGGAUCUUUGGGGAUCGAGAUUACCACCACACGCACAAGCGGCAGUCAUCGCUUCAACAGGAGACGCAGCGAACAAGUGUGCCAUCGCGGACGCCAUUGUGGACUCGAUGGGUUUGCGAAACAUUUCCGCCAUCGCGUCCAAUUCUCCACGUGUUGCGCCGGGUUCUACGGAUGCGCCAGCUGUAAGCAGUAUUGCGGCAAUGCAGGGUGAGAUUGCAGAGUUGUCCCGAAAGCUGGAACAGGUCCUGCGCUUCCGAAAUCUCCGAGGCGAAUCGCGGUCCCGUAGCCGUUCUAGGCGCAGCUACGGACCGCGCGAGCGUGACUCGGCCGACGGACCGUGUUGGUACCACCGCACGUAUGGGAACGAUGCGGAACGAUGUCGAAAGCCCUGCACCUUCGGGCAAUCAUCGUCGCCGCGCCUCCAAUAA